CGAUUGGUGCUAAAGAGUAUCGUUUGCGAAAAUCAUCUGGAUUUUGUUUUUCUUUGUGCGUGCGCGCGUUCAAUUCGCCACUUUAUGAUGGCGUUGUUGAGAACAUUUAGCUAUGGUAGCAUAUUUCGACGCUUUGCGACCUCCAGUGGUUGUACCAUCUACAGUCUCAGUUCUGGCCAUGUUAAGUGCGGCGUAUCCGUGAUUCGUGUGUCGGGGCCACAAACAAAACAAGCGCUGCGUGCGCUUGUUAACAACACUGAAUAUGAACCAAAGCAGCGUCAAGCAUAUCUCAAAUCCUUUUUUCAUCCAGCCACCAAAGAUGUUAUAGACAAAGGACUCUUGCUUUGGUUUCCGGGUCCGGCGUCAUUCACAGGCGAGGAUGCUUGUGAGUUUCAAGUGCACGGCUCGUUGGCUGUUAUUGCUGCCAUGUUGGAUGCACUUGGUCAAGUACCAGGACUGAGGCCAGCGCAGCCUGGAGAGUUCACAAAACGUGCCUUCUUUGGUGGGAAACUUGAUCUUACAGAAGUCGAAGGAUUAGCUGAUUUAAUACACGCUGAAACAGAAGCACAACGCAAGCAAGCUCUUUUACAAAGUACUGGCGCCUUGGCUCGACUCUACGACAACUGGCGCAAGCGUCUCAUACGCUGUUGCGCCCAUCUCGAGGCCUAUAUUGACUUUGCCGAAGAAGAGCAGAUGGAAGGAGGCGUCAUCUUGCAGCUAACUAAAGAGCUGAAUGCCAUUAUGCGUGAUAUACGCUUGCAUCUCAACGAUCAGCGCCAGGGAGAAUUGUUGCGAGACGGCGUACGCACUGUUAUCAUAGGUGCGCCGAAUGUAGGCAAAAGCAGUCUUCUAAAUCUGCUCUGCCAACGUUCAGUGUCCAUUGUCACCGCACAAGCGGGUACAACACGUGACAUCAUCGAGACUACGCAUAACUUUGGAGGCUAUCCUGUGGUUUUUGCGGACACGGCAGGACUGCGCAAGCAAACUACAGACGCCAUCGAAGUGGAGGGCAUGGCAAGAGCUAAGCAGUGCUUAGCGCAGUCCGAUCUGAUACUCUUGCUUACCGAUGCUCGACGCUUGCGUGAGGUAAACAGUAACGAAGCCUUACCCACGCACAUCGAGAGCUAUUUGCAGGAACUGGACAUACCCCAGGAACUGUGCGACGGCAAGCGACUGCAAUUGGUGGCCAAUAAAACAGAUACAUUGACAGAGAAGGAAUGUCAGAGCCUCAGUAAAUUGGAGAAUGUACUAACACUUUCGUGCCACAAACAGGAUAAUUUGCCACAGUUCCUGGGCUCAUUGGAGCAGCUGCUGCAGCAGCUGUGUGGCACACCACAAGCAGAACAUCCACGCAUCACGCACAUGCGUUACAGACAGCAAUUGGAACGUUGCAUUGAGCACAUUGAGAUAUUUCUAAGAGAUUACAAACCCGAUGUCUACCCUGACAUGGCCAUAGCAGCGCAGCAGCUGCGUAAAUCGAUUCGCUGUAUUGAACGCAUCACUGGACAUGUCAGUUGCGAAGAUAUACUCGACGUAGUGUUCAAAGAUUUUUGUAUUGGCAAAUGACAUGUAUUCUAGUUUCUAAGUGUACAUUUUUUGCAAUAUUAUAUUGAUCAUAUAGACUGCUGAAUAAACACGGAGCACGAUUUUAAGCUCUGCUCUUUUUAGUUAA